UUAUCAGGACAAUAAAAUCUUUGCGAACGGUCCUCGAAUACCAAGAUAAGCGUUUCAUACGUACAUAACUUCUAUUGUAUUUAUAUUUAAAAAGAUAUCAUAAUUAGCGUCAAAGAAGUUUUUACUUUUAAAUUGAUAACUAACAAAACAGAGAUAGGAAGUCUACUUGAACGAAAACGAAGAAAAAAUAUAACGUUUAUUUAAUUUAUGUGAUUAUAGUGAAACAAAGACUAAAGUUCAAUGAUUACAUGCAAUUUGCAUCAUGUAUAAAAGUUUAUUAUUAUCCAUAAUACUGGCAGCCUCUUGUAAAAUUGUACUAGCGACACGUUCGGAUAACCGCAACAGUUCGCGCUGUUUCCAGUUUACAUGGCUUGGACCACGUUACACCAAUGAAUCCAUAUUCCUUAAUGCAACAUGUCAGUUAGCGACAAAUCUCUACGAUAAAGUGCCCUGUCAAAUGCCACUCGUGGUAUCAUAUGAUGGAACAUGGCCAGAUGUUGAGUACAUUUGGACUCAUCAUUCUGAACAAGCGUCAUGUACGCUAGCGGAUAAUGACGUCUGUGCGAAAUAUACUUUCUAUUUCAACGGCCUUGCGGAAAAUUCAACAUACAUGUGCACCAGAGCUAUAAAUUCUAAUAAUACUGCAAUAACCAGUGGUUGUUAUGAAGAAAUUAAAGGAAGCUAUGCGACAAAAGUAUGUUUUUGUCGCAGUUUACCGGGUGGCGUGCCCUGCAACGCAGCGUCUGUAAUCUCCGUGCUUCCCAUGUUAUUCUUUAUUCUUGCAACAAUCUUAAUCAUUAGCAACGAGUUCACUUUAUUGAAUCUUAAACUAAUUUAACAGUUCAUUACGUUGCCAUAGUUUUAUUAGGUAUCUAUUGAAAAUUAUAAAUUAAACAAUACAACAUUAAAAGUAUAAUAUGUCCUUUGUUUUACGUUAUUUACUACUGUUUUACAUUUUUCUUUUAUUAUGUCACCGAUUCCAACCACAGCGGCCAUUCGGCCAGUACGGUGUAUAGUUGAGUGCGCAAAAACAAGUGCGUUUUUCUUCUUUUUCUCUCAUAAUUCGAUGGGGCAAUCCAAUACGUCCGUAUAGUUCAAGCUGAAGACCGCGUGGCAUGCUUUACCUAUGCGCAUUCCGAGACACGGAGGUAUAAACGCUAAUAACUCCCAUACCCGUGAAGAUAAAUCUUGACAGAACAACCCAAUCGCUUUUUAAUACCUCAGGCUCAGGAUCUGAAUCCAGCAACUCAAAGUCCGCAUCCUUAAAAGCUAGCCAAGACUAACAAGGCGUAUUGUUAACAUCAACUUCAGAAAUCAUAUAUUAUUUUUCAAUAUUUAUAAAUAAAUCCAUACAUUUUUA